GGGCAGGCAGCGAAUUUCUUGGUGUAGGAAGCUGCCACGCGAAUAACAAGAAAUAGCAACACUAGGUUUGUUCCUGGCCAAUCAAAUUUGUUGUACGGGAAAUGGUUAGGUCCACCCUAGCUCUUUAAUUGGUUCAGGAUUAAUCUUGUACAUCUGUACAAUACGAGAGGAAGGUACAAUACACACAGACUUAACUUAGAGACACAGUCAGCCGUCAUCAGUUCUUCAACCUCUCAAAAACAUUUCAUCGUCUAACAACCUUUGUUUCGCCGAACCUCGACUCACUGUUCUACUUCCCAAUAAUAAACACAAACAAUACCAGAACACAUUGCUUUCCUACAUCACGAAACGCUACCACGAAAUACUUCUCUUUUUUACGACCAAACGAAACGAUCGAUAAAUCCACCUUCCGCCCUUAAUCGCAAACCCAUCCCGAUCUGUCCGACCCGGUUUAUCCAGUCGUCGUCAGCGCCGUUUAUUUUCCUGCUAAGGCAGCCAGAUAUUCUUUACAUCGCAUACAAACUCGAUUGUUCAUCGCUAAAUACCAAUAAUCUUCAAGAUGUCGCUCAAGGACGAGUUCGCGACAAGGAACUUCAGUAUCUACGGACAAUGGCUCGGAAUUCUGUCUAUGAUCCUUUGCUUUGCGCUGGGUAUCGCAAACCUCUUUAACCUCUUCAGCCAUGUCCUGCUCAUCAUCUUUGCCAUCCUUGCUCUGGUCUCCUGCUUCAUCAUCCUCUUCAUCGAAGUCCCUCUAUUGCUCCGAAUCUGCCCUACUUCGGCUGCCUUCGACGCUGCGAUCCGUAGGGUCUCGACGAACUACAUGCGUGCCGGUACUUACGGUGUCAUGGCCCUCAUUCAAUGGCUCAGCAUUAUUAUUACUGCUAGCUCUUUGAUUGCAGCUGCCGUCGUCCUGACUUUCACGGCUCUUUGCUACGCUGCUGCAGGUAUCAAGGGCCAAGCCUUCGUCGGAAGCAAGACGCUGGGUGGUGCGGGUGUAGCGCAGAUGAUCGUAUGAUCGGGUCGCGAUACAAACGGACUACUAACAUCGAGCCUUGAGGACCGUGCGAGAAUCCUUAGCUCCUGUAGGAAUAGUCAAGGGAAAAGGCUAUAGCCAACAUGAUUGACGAACAUCAGAGUGCCGAAAAGGAGUUAUGCCCUGCGUCUGUGGAGGGAGUGUAUGUGUGGCUUCUGGGUCUUGGUGCUGUUUUCUCUCGUAUGCUGAGGAAAAAGGGAGGUUUCUGCGUUAGGUUGUGCUUUUUUGAUCUUUAGGGAAACGGCGUCACGGAAUACGAUGCGAGCAAGAUGGCUGCGGAAUGUUCUUGUUUUCUUGACACGUUACUGCAUCCAGAAUGGAAGAGAUACCCCAGUCUGGUGCUGGUACUUUGAACCAAACAGAUAUUUUUGAGCUUCUCCUGUUACUGUGAUGUCUACUUUUGUUUGGCCCCGAUGACGAAGCUCUAAAUGGCACUCUGCUUAUCUAAGUGUAUAAGCCACGUACCUGGUUGCUAAAUUGCCAAUGGUCCAUUUCCCUAGACCCUGAAUAUCCAUUCCAUUGGUAACUGCCUAGGUACUGGGCCCCUAACCUGACAACUUUUAGAGACCUAUACGAUCCUAGUAAUAUAUCGGAGAGCUGUUAAUCUUC